UCAGAGCUUCACCCUUCGAUCCGAUCCAGAGCCCUCUGUUCUCGUACCCCACCACCUACCGAGAACACAAAUUACUGGGCGGUCUUGAGGGAGAUCCAAGACUUCUGCAGGAAUUCUUCGUAUUCUUCGUCGGUUUUGAGAUACCUGUCAACAAAGGCAGGUAGUUUUGCAGGAAAUUUUAGUACCCAGAAGAGGUUGUCUUACUUCAACCACAAAUUUGAUCAAAUGCAGGUCCCCUGCGGAUUCAUGAAGGAAUUCCCAGUUAGUGAUUCUGAUAGAGCAGCCAUGGAGAACUGCAAUGGAGUGGUAGUAGUCUCAGCAAUCUUUGGCGACCAUGACAAAAUCCGUCAGCCAAGAGGGCUUGGAUCCAAAACUCUGAAAACUGUUUGUUUCUUCAUGUUUGUAGACGACAUGACCAUCAAAGGCCUCAACACUCACAACCUUCUCUUAGAUAAAUCCCAGGAAUAUAAGAUUGGUGCAUGGAGAAUUGUAAGAGUUGCAGGUGAUCUCCCAUACCAAAAUGCAGCCAUGAAUGGAGUGAUACCCAAGUACUUGGUUCACAGGCUAUUCCCAAAUUCAAAAUUCAGCAUUUGGGUGGAUGCAAAGCUGCAGCUAAUGGUGGACCCAUUGUUGUUGAUUCAUUCUCUCGUUAUUUUGGAGAAUGUAGACAUGGCUAUUUCAAAGCAUCCUUACUACAUGCACACCAUGGAAGAGGCAAUGGCAACUGCAAGGUGGAAGAAAUGGAAUGUUGAUAACUUGAAGGUGCAAAUGGAGACAUACUGUGAAAAUGGUUUACAGCCAUGGACAACUGAUAAGCUCCCAUACACCACAGAUGUACCAGACAGUGCUUUGAUACUGAGGAGACAUGGGGUUGGCAGCAAUCUCUUCUCCUGCCUUAUGUUAAAUGAACUAGAGGCAUUUAACCCCAGAGAUCAGUUGGCUUUUGCAUAUGUGAGAGAUCACAUGAACCCCAAAAUCAAGAUGAACUUGUUUGAGGCAGAAGUGUUUGAGCAAAUUGUCAUGGAGUUCAGGCACAACCUUAAACGUGGUGGGGGCAGUCCCAGAGGGCUGUCCCAGACAAAAAGAGCUAGCUCAGAAGAAUUGAGUAACAGAAGUAGUUUUGGGUGUGAGAAUUAUCUUUUGGAAAUGUGGGGGGAAUCCCACGAUUGAUUCUAUUCAUUAUUUGAUAUUUAAAUACACAAAACAGAAGAAUAAGAGUGAAGAAAAUUAUUUGUGUCAGAGAAGGAAAAGGUUGCUCUAAUUAACCAGGUUACAUGUCAACAAGUUCACAGCUCACUGACACGAAAAGGUUGCAGGACAAACAAAACCAUGACGAUGGUCAGGUGGGUCAUAUUACUUAUAUUGUUUGGUUUUCAAUGAACUCGGUCUCAUUUAGUACUCACAGCCACCGGCAUCGCCACCAGGCCAACAUGUACUUGAAUACUGCCACUAUAUC